AUGAACCAACCAGGGCGCUUUCAUCCCUGCCACUUUUUUCCGUGGUCUUUCGUACUAAAAUUCUGGUUCUCUCGAGUCUCAAAAUAUCACAAAGUUUGCACCCCGAACACUGCUGAACCAUGGCAAUUGCCACUCGUUCUCCUUUGCGCCUCAACUCUCCUAUGUCACGACCUUCUUUGUAUAAUUCUCAAAGGAGGGUGUUUUUCCAGAGCCAUGCUUGGUUUCGAGCUCAACCCAGAACUAAACCCAUCUGCGCAUCAGCUAUAAAAGCUGAAGCUGGUGCUCAGAAGGAGGAUAUUGUCAUCGUAGGAGCUGGGAUUGCUGGUCUAGCCACUGCAGUGUCCCUUCGCAGGCUAGGAAUUGGAUCACUAGUGCUUGAGCAAGCAGAGUCACUUAGAACUGGUGGAAGCUCACUCACCCUUUUCAAGAAUGGGUGGCGGGUAUUGGAUGCAAUCGGUGUUGCAGAUAGUCUCAGGAGCCAAUUUUUUGAAAUCCAAGGGUAUACGUUCACUUUCAUUGGCUUGUCAUGUUAACACGAUGGUGGUGAAGUCAGAAGAUGGCAGGGAGUUACGCUCCUUCAAAUUCAAAGAUGAAGAUCAAACCCAAGAAGUUCGCGCGGUGGAGAGGAGAAUACUUCUAGAGACGCUUGCCAAUCAGCUGCCACCUGAGGCAGUCCAAUUUUCUUCCAAGUUAGCAAAGAUUGAAACAAGUGAAAAUGGUGAAACUCUUUUGGAACUUACGAAUGGGACUAGAUUACUUGCCAAGAUUGUUGUUGGGUGUGAUGGAAUUCGGUCUACAAUAGCCAAAUGGAUGGGUUUCUCUGAGCCGAAGUAUGCAGGGCAUUGUGCUCUCCGUGGACUUGGGUAUUAUCCCAAGGGGCAGCCAUUUGCACCAAGAGUUAGUUACAUGUACGGAAGAGGGUUGCGUGCAGGAUAUGUUCCUGUAUCUCCUACAAAAGUUUACUGGUUUAUCUGCUAUAACAGCCCCUCAGCAGGUCCAAAGAUCACUGAUCCAAUUUUGCUGAAGAAGCUAGCAAAAGAACUAAUAAAGAACUGGCCUCCGGAGCUACUUAAAUUGAUUGAUCUCACCCCAGAUGAGACGAUAAGUAAGGCGCCCCUUGUUGACCGUUGGCUAUGGCCAGGUAUAAGCCCCCCUGCAUCAGCCGGUAAAGUUGUGCUGGUCGGGGAUGCCUGGCACCCAAUGACUCCCAAUCUUGGACAAGGUGCUUGUUGUGCUUUAGAGGACGCAGUGAUCCUGACAAGAAAGCUGGCAGAUGGAAUUAAAUCUGGUCCUGAAUCCAUUGAAGGUGCUCUCAGGGCAUAUGGAGAGGAAAGAUGGCCCCGUAUCUUUCCAAUAACCAUACGGGCAAAUCUUGUGGGAUCACUUUUGCAGUGGGAUGAUCCACUUGUCUGUUCUGUUCGUGACAAUGUUGUCAUACCUAAAUUAGUUAGACUUGGGUCAAUGCUUGAACACACAAAUUUUGAGUGUGAGCCUCUCGAAACAUAAAAUGUUGGAUUUCAACCCGACCCCACAAGAAGCAAGAGAAUUUAUGGCUAUACUUAAUUGUCCUUUAAAGCUGUUUUGUCCAUCAUAUUUUAAUGCAUCAUGCAAAAUUACAGGGCUUUCUUGAUAAAA